GCGGCGGUGGUCUUAUCGAUGAGGCUCUGGGCCUGCUCCUCCAUCCAUUUCUGAUAAUAGUCUUUGACGUUCUCUUUGUGCUUGCGGCCCUCGCAGUGGGUUUUGCGGACAGACGGGGAAUCGUGUGUCAGGAUGUCGGGAUUUUUAGAUAACAUCAGAUGCCCAGAAUGUGAAUGUAUUGACUGGAGUGAGAAACGGAAUGCCAUUGCAUCAAUGGCUGCUGGUGUGUUGUUUUUCACAGGCUGGUGGGUUAUCAUUGAUGCUGCUGUAAAGUACCCCGAAAUGGACAAAUUCAACCACUCCUACCACACCUGUGGAGUUAUAGCAACACUUGCAUUUCUCAUGAUAAACGCUGUUUCAAAUGGACAGGUCCGUGGAGAUGGCUAUAGUGAAGGUUGUAUGGGCCAGACAGGUGCUCGCAUCUGGCUGUUCAUUGGUUUUAUGUUGGCAUUUGGAUCCCUCAUUGCAUCCAUGUGGAUCCUCUUUGGUGGUUAUGUUGUGCCACAAAAGACAGAUGUUUAUCCUGGUAUAGCUGUCUUCUUCCAAAAUGCAUUUAUCUUCUUUGGGGGCCUGGUAUUCAAGUUUGGACGUACAGAAGACCUGUGGCAGUAAAUAUCCAGGCAUUGCAGUGUAUUGCCUAUAUUUUGUAUUUUCUCAUACAACCUGUCUUGCUGUAUUUGUUCAUAAUUCUUGCUGUUGAGCUUACAUGUUGCCACCUCUCUACAACUUUCCUUUCAGAGUUUGUCACUCAUAUCUGACUUUAAUAUGUGGUUUGUUUAUUAAUGGACAUUGUCAGGAUGAGUGACAUAAAAUAAUGUAGAACAGAUUAAAAUGUCACCCCUAGCAGUAGCAGAAUUCAAAAUGAUGAAGGAUUGUAGAUUAAGUAUAGCAUGAUUAUUUUUAAAAAUAAUACAUGGGAAUUUCCAUGUCAAGAAUCACUGAUUUUGUCACUAAUCUUCCCAAUGUGAACUUGUUCCAUAAUUUCCUAUAAAACUAAUUUACACACCGUGCAGCAAACUUACCAUUCCAUGAACCUUGGAAGAAGUGUGACCAAGGGUGGGCAAGGUUUCACACAAGUGCUCGAUUAUUUCUCUAAGUGUUGUCUGUGCAUACACAGCUUCUCUGGCGGGCUCUAGUAUGAUCAUUGUGCCCUGUAAUCUUCAUUCUUUGUAGCAUUGCUUAGUGGAUCACAUGUCUUCAUUUCUCAUGGUCCUAGAGAAGAUCUCCAUGUUCUAGGACCUGGGACCAGUUGCAAGGUUCGAGUCAAGUGCUUCUUGGUCGCUUAGGGGUCAUUUUCAUGUCUUCCAAGGACAAAGAAUGAGUGCCUUGGAGGUGUCAUGUGACUUCUUGAUAGCAGCCACAAGCAGUGAUGAACAUCUUUUGGUCAUUGUGACACUUGGAGUUUUCUGACCUGAUAAAUGAGGGAGUGGUCAUAUUGGCAAAUGCAGCAAAGACACCACUGGUUUGCUGCAUUAACUUUUGCAGUGCUGCAUAGGAGAUGAUCCAAGUCUCCAUCACAAACUGGAGAAUUCAAAUUAUGUAAUUUUUUUUUAGGCAAAACUUUCUUGGAAGUGGAAGGUGCAACAACAAUGCUUGUGUCCAGCUCAUCAAUGCUUGGCACGUUCGCACAAUUCCAUGUCUUAUUUCUGCUUUGUUUCAAUGUGACGCACAUCUGGGAUUAUUGAUCUAUAAAUUGCUCCACCCAUUUCACAACCUUACUUGAAAAUCCAGAGAUUGUAAAUCCAUCCUUUACACUCUUUUUGGGUUGGGCAGGAACACCAUGUUUGUUGCUAUCUUCUGUCAUGGUUACUCACACACCAUGCCUCCUGUCUCGGCCCUCCUCCUCUAGGAUAACAGGAACACGCCUAUUGUGACAACUAGUGGAGCUACUUUGCCAUUCUGAAUGCAGUGUAUAGAGUGGAAUUCUACAAAUAUUAGUAUUGGGAACCAACAGGUCUCUGGGUGUGAAAAAUGGAUUCAAGCAAAGUAAAUAACAAAAAAAGAAACCGGAAGAGAUCAAUUCAAAAGUUCAGAAAUCAAGCUGCAAAUAGUUCUGCCUGGCUGAGAGCCCUAAGUGAUUCUACUAGAAGGUGAUAUCAGCAUGAAACCAAGAAAUUGCAGCUAUUUUAAAUAGGGACAGAGCUGUAUUAAAUUUUGGAGGGUUUUGUUCUGUAAAGAGCACUUUACCAAAUUGACACGUGUUCCAGCAAAUUAGAAUAAGGUUAAUCAGUUUAUCUCAUGCCAUACCUUCCACUGGUUCUUGCCCUGGAAAACAGCUUUACAAUGUAGAUGCGCCACUGUCGCAGCAGAAACUUCCAGGAAAUUCCCAACCAAUGUAUUUUAAAUAUCGAAGCUCCUGGAUAUAAAACUAACUUUAAUUUGUAUGAUGCUUUGCACAACCUCAGAAUGUCUUGCAGCCAAUGAAAUACUUUUUGGGUAGUUACAGUUGCUGUAUAUUUGCCUACUAAGCAAGGUCCUAUAAAUGACAGUGGGCUAGUGGAUACUGUAAGUUGCUUAAAGGGUUUCAAGGCUUGUAAGUCAGAGAAUCCUGAUGAAAGUUCCUCAUUAACUUGACUAAUUCUCUCUCUCUUGCUCUUCCUUUUCUGAUCUGCCAUAAUGCAGGUUGCCUGAAUCUCAUUACUGAAUUUAGCCUGGACAGGAAAAGCAAGUAGCAGUAAAUUACUUGGGGAACUCAGAGAUAGAGGACAAUUGCCAGAUCUGGUGGAGCAAUAUUAACACAGUAAUUAUAAUUAGUUUUACAUUAGUUAAAAUGAAGGUCACUGUGUCAACUGUACCUAACCACAUAUUUAAUGCUAAUGAUGGGGAAACUCCAAUAAUCAGAUAAGCCGUGGUGGCAUCCUUAGAAUGUCAAUUCAUUUAAAAAUCUUCAGUAUAAGUGGCUAAGUUGGCAGCCAUGCCCACUAUGAGCUACGUUGAUCCCCCCCACCCAUACACACACACACACACACACACACACACACUUUUUGACUUGGCAUCUAAUUAGUAAUUAUCUUUUGUAUGUAGUGUUGUAACUGUUGCUUUACUGAUAAUAAAAACAAGUGCAAAAGAGUCCCAUAAAAAAUGUUCUUGUAAUAAUUCUUUUGUGUAUAUAAUUCAAUUUUGCACAGACAGGUAAAGCAAACUUGAGUGCACAUUUAUCAUUUAUGACCUUUCUCUUGCUUUGGUAAAGUUGCCAUGGGGCUCAAUCAAACUUUAAUGACUUGCUAUUUUAUGUAAUCAAUAUUUUUUCAUUUGUGUUUUUAAUAAAGUGUACAUGCAAUGUAACAAUUGCAAAAUUACUAAGUAUUAAAAUCAGUUCCAUAAAUGAAUAAACUUCAAAAGUAGUGGAA